CGCAUGCGCACCACCAAUAUUUGAACACCGUUCGGCUAGCGAAACGGAAAAUAAACAGACUUUUGGCUUUCUUCCUUACACCUCGCUAAGUGAAGCUUGUGAAAUAACAAAUUGUAUUUAGUCUUAUUGUGAGCUGAGAACUAGACGGCGACAGUAUGGAAUCGACGAUCGGACGUUCUAUUUUAUGGGCUGGAUUUUGCUCUUUGGUGAUAGUGCAUCACAUUAAUGCUCAAGGUUGCAAUAGCAUGACACCUGUAGUGGUGAAUCCAGGACCAUUUCAAAGUAUAGGGUGGCCGGGUAAAUAUGUUGCCAACAGAGAUUGCCUCUAUAACCUGACCGCACCUUCUGGUAAGACCCUCAAGGUGACAUUUUUGACAUUUGAUUUGGGCCCUAAGAAACAUGGUAACUGCGAUGCGGUGGACUUCCUGGAAGUAUUUGAACCCAGAUCAGAUGAACAGUCAUCAACCAUAAAACUCUGUGGACAAACAGUCCCGCUGUCUGUGUACUCAAAAACCUUUUGGAUGAAAAUGAGGUUUCUCAGCAAUUCUGCUGAAGAAUUUACCGGAUUCAAUGCCACUAUUACAUCUUUGACAGAGGAUGAAAUAUGCCCCCAAAAGGCCGUUCUGAAUGAGACCAAAGGAACUAUUCAGUCUCCGCUGUUUCCAAACAACUACCCUGCUGAGAUCAUGCGGUGUGCGUGGGAGAUAACUGCACCAGAAGGCAAACACGUAAAGCUAACAUUCAAGCACUUUGAUGUAUUCAGAUGUGGUUAUAACUGCAAUUGUGACUCUGUGGAAUUGAAACUUGGGUACGAUUCACUUGGAGAUGAGCCUGGAGAGGGAAAAUUGUGCCAACAGGGACUAAACCCUGAGAACAAAAGGAUGGACUUGUCAACCCCUCUCUACUCUGUCAAGAACGCAAUGAGUAUCAACUUCGUUAAUAGUGCCCAGGGAUCCCAGAAUAAUAAAGGAUUUGAAGCUGAAUAUGAGUUCAUCGACUACACACCUCCUGUGUGUAACAAAUAUAUUCCUUUCAACUUCACUGGUGCAUCAGGCUCUGUAAGCAGCCCCAACUACCCUAACGGAAACUACCCCAAGAGUAUGCAAUGCUUGAGCCUGAUUAAAGUGGCUGCAGGUUUCCGAGUAAAGCUCAACUUCACUUUCAUGGAUAUAGAGGCUGGCAAUCCGUGCAAGUCUUUGAUUCAAAACCAGACCUGCACUUGCGACUUUGUCAGGGUUUAUUCUGGGAACUCUACUUAUGCUGCCCUCGUUGGAAAGUUCUGUGGAAACACCCUUCCUACUCCUCUGAUCUCUAUCAGCAAUCAAAUGCUGGUAGAAUUUCAAUCUGACUUCUCAUCUGGUGCUAAGGGGUUCCAUGCUAUGUACAGCACAACUUCUGAACAACCCUCUUCCACCAUCUCCCCGCCAGUGACACAAGCCCCGACAAACGGCUCAUGCCCAAAUUCCUGUGGGAACGUGGCGGUCAUGUUGGCUGGUUUACUGGUGCUUGUGCUAUUUAGCAAUCACUAAGGACCGUCUUCUGCCUCUUGGAUACUUAAGGCUCUUGAUCAUAUUGUGUAGCGAGACUGCUUUCUUUGAUUUUUUUAUUUUUAAGCUCUUGUCGAAUUUUUUAAUAUGUAUAUUUUUAUCACCAAUCUAUAUAUAAACGAUAAUGAUGAUUCACCAACCUAUAUAAAGGACUAUGAUGAUUUAUAAUGACUGGAAUUCUAAGAUGAUUAUAUAUUUAUCUAAAAACUAAGAAAAUAUUAACAUAUAGACGUAUCGAGAAAUGCAUGAUAUCUCCGAAACAUCGCUUAUUAUCGAGUGGUUUAUCAUCCUCGUUCCCAGGGUCUUCCCCUCAUAUCCCCCUGGGGGUAGGGGAGGGUGGGACCCUGGGAACGAGGAUGGUGGUUUAUUUCCGAGCAUGCAAGCAGCCCGGGCGCAAGAGGCUUGUCGCUCACGAGCGGUAAGUCGUCAUUCGGCAUUCGUUCGUCCUACCUUCGGGUGUCAGGGAUCGGGAGAAUCUCCUGCGCCGAGGGUGUUAGCCGGUAAGGUCUCAUGAUAGGCCACGCUUCCUUUAAUGAAAAUAUUAUAAUUAUAAUACUGUGAAAUAACCUAACCAUAUAGCAUGUAGCUAUAACAGGAAAAAUGUGAUGUAUAUAAUUAAUGAAAAGCUGAUAGAAUCAAAAAGCCCAAA